CAUGGUGAUCUACUUAAUUUCUUGUCCGGGGAAGUUUUUUGAGGAUAUAGAUGACAAUGGAAAUCCCAUUAUUCAUAAAUGUGAAAGUAAAGAGUUCCACGAAUGCCAGAUAAAUCCUUCAGAAAACAGUACAGAACUUACUGGUUCAUCAGUAUUUAUCAGCACCAUCCAUAAACAAAAGCAAGACCUGAUUGAAAAGUUGAUUGGUCCCAAUGAAGGCCAUAUAUAUAUUCCAGUAACAAAAAGAAAACAGGAGUCGAUACUUAAAGACUCGCUAUGUAACCCAUCCAAAAAGCGCCAAAAGCAUGAAAGAGAGGAAUCCAUUGAGAAAAGGAAGAAUAACAAAAUGAGUUACAGACCAUCAGAUACCCAAUUCUCCUUAAAAAGAUUUGCUAAUCACAGAGAGCAGAAGAAUUCUAACAAUGAUCGAAAUACUGUGAAGAAGGAUGAGCAAAAAGUUGGUCCAAGUCAUUCACGACUGACAUCGGAUGAUGCUGCAAAAAUAGAGGAGAAACUUGAAAACUCGAAGAGAAAACUUCAUCAGGGAUACCAAGCACAUGAAAGAGCUAUAGUUGUGAAAAUCUGGAUUGCAAUUUUGAAGUUCCAGAGACUUGAAGCUAAAGCUGUGGACUCACAACUAAAGCCAUGGAGCACCCAGGAUCCAGCAAAAGUUCCAGAAAUUCACAGCCAUGUGGUUUUACAACUGCAGCACUGGGACUUACUUCACCAUGAAGGAUUUGCCACAGCUAUAGUUGUGGAUCUGCCGCUGCAGCGUUGGAGGUUUCUUCACCCUAAAGGACUCUCCACAGCCAUAGUUGUGGAUUUACAGCUGCAGCUGUAG